AUGAACUCAGCGUUGGUAGCCGAUGGUGGGGAUGCAAAAAGACAAUUUGAUGCACAGGCUGCUGGAAAGAGUUCGGUUGUCGGGGCCGACCAGAAUGGGUUUCGAAAUGCGCCAAUGACGAGUGUAACCUUUUAUUUGAUCGCAAGUGAACUCGUCAGUCGUGCAUGCAUUCCGGGUGUGUUGAGCAAAGACUUCAAUCCAGACGGCUUGAAUCGCAUAAAUCUUUGCGAAAUGUGCCAGUCAGGCGGUUCCGAUAAAUGCCAACGCGACAAUAAAGAAUUCUAUUACGGUGACUCCGGAGCAUUUCGCUGCCUAAUUGAGUCGGGAGAUAUUGCGUUUGUGAGGCAUACGACGGUGCAUGCAGACACGGCGACCAGGGUACAAAACUACGAAGUAUAA